AUGACGGGCUCAGCGACCCGUGCCAGCCUUAGCAACAAUCAAAACCCAACUUCUCGUUCUUCUGUAGUUCCAUUUCACCACCCUUUGGCCCGACUCCCAGCACUUGUUCAUUACUCCAACUCCACCCGCUAUCGGCCAUCCUUGAAGAGGCCUCCAUCUUCUGGCCUGCCAACUGCCAGUCCUCCGGCUAGCGCGGUCGUCAUAACUACAAGAGUCAUGGGAAGAUUUGCCCACGCGCUGGUGCACGUGGUGUCCGCACGAUUGUCCCGCGUAUCGCCUGAGCCAAAUCUGGCCACCGCAAAUGGAGCUGUUUGCUCGAAGCCUCGAGUACCGAAAAUGCGGGACUCGGACCCGGCGACCAUUGGCAGGCUGCAUCGCGUCUUCUUCCGACGUCAAUCGGGCGGCGGGUCCAGGCGAAAGUUUGUCCGUCGUCCGACUCAAACUGUAGGUGAGAUUCGUGUUUGCAGGCCGGUGCGGUGGUCGAGAUGUGCGCCACAGAGACGGGAGGUGUUGGGUCGAAAGCUGUGGAUCGAGUCCCACCUCGACUCAACAUUCAUAAUUAGCAUCAACAAAAUCGUCCAAAGACGAACUGGUUGCGGGGAGGAUGGGUUGCCAAAGGAGGGAGAGCACAGAUUUUCGGCUCGUCUGUCGACUCCUGAUGGACCCGGGGUUCGAAUCCGGCCAGACCCGGAUUGGUUAGGUAGAGAAUCCGACGCCUGCCGAGGUGGCGGAAAAGUCAUAUCCGGUCCCAGGGCUGCGGCAAAACUCGACCUAAUCGUCUUGCCGACCAUCGAGUUUGUGUUCCGAGGCAGAGUGAAAGAAGAGACGGCCACACAAGCAGUCGGUCGAUGUGUCCAAGGUGGUGUGAAAUCUGAGGAUUGGCUGGGCUCUCUUGCGUUUCGUUGCCUUCGUAACGGACAGUCUUGCGGAGAUGUGGGUCUUCGUCGUGACGACGUUGGCCAGCAAAGCUGGAGGCCAGAAACGGCAUUGGCCAUUCGUUCUUCCAGCCGGACGCGUUUUCCCGCCGUCUCGCCGGCCGUACAGAGCCUGCAUGUAGAGGGACUCGAGCCUGGUACCUCGACCGGUGCGCAUUCGAUGCUCCUCACCGCUCCGAUGUUGCCUCUUCUUCACAUUUCAGAACCUCGGCCUGCUCUCCUGCCUCACGGCGACGGGCUCGCUCGACUGCCUCGCCCAAGCGGCCGCCUCGCCCUCGGACGCCGGCCACGCAGACGCCCGCGACCUCCUCCACUUCGACCUGACACCGUGUCCCGGCACGCUGGCCGGCCUCGUCUCGUUGCCCCCCUUCGCCGCGCUCCCACCCCCGCCAUCGACGACGGCGACGGCGACGGCGACGGC